AUCACUUCCCUUCUUCUGCGUCCGCACUGCUUUGUUCUUCUAGUGUUUCCCUUGCUGCCGUUGGAUCUCUAUCACCAUCUCUCUCUCUCUCUGACUCUCACACUCAAACCCUAACUCAAAUUCUGAGCUGACAUCUCCGUUGUUCGUCACAGAGAAAAUCGCCAGACUGAAAGUGGCAUGAGCUUUGGAUGGUUCAUCUUUAAUGCAAAGCAUGAGUAUAUACGCUCUCCCCUGAAUCAGAUAUUGAAAAAAGUGAAGGAAGAAAAAACUCUCCCAAAUGAUCAUGUCUGCUGCCAAAUUUGGUGGCGAGUCUUCACUUCCAGGCCAAAGAUUAUUGGGGAAAGUGGCAUUGAUUACAGGAGGAGCCACUGGUAUUGGAGAGAGCAUUGCUCGCCUAUUUCACAAACAUGGUGCAAAAGUUUGUAUAGUUGACUUACAGGACAACCUUGGCCAGCAUGUCUGUGAUACCCUUGGUGGUGAACCAAACUCUUGUUAUUUCCAUUGUGAUGUCGCCAAAGAAGAUGAUGUUUGCCGUGCAGUUGACUUCACUGUCAGUAGAUUUGGUACACUUGACAUCAUGGUCAAUAAUGCUGGUUUGUCAGGUUCACCAUGUCCCGAUAUCCGCAGUGCAGACAUAUCGGAGUUUGAAAAGUUAUUUGAUGUAAAUGUGAAGGGAGUCUUCCUUGGAAUGAAACAUGCAGCUCGGAUUAUGAUCCCAUUGAAGAAGGGCUCUAUAGUUUCUCUGUGCAGUGUUGCAAGUGCCAUAGGGGGGCUCGGUCCACAUGCCUACACAGGGUCCAAGCAUGCUGUUUUAGGGCUCACCAAGAAUGUUGCAGCUGAACUUGGACUACAUGGGAUACGUGUCAACUGUGUUUCUCCUUAUGCUGUUCUAACAGGCUUGGCUUUAGCUUACUUGCCAGAGGAGGAGAGAACUGAGGAUGCUAUGGCAGGUUUUCGUGAUUUUACUGGGAGGAAUGCUAACCUGCAGGGAGUAGAAUUGACCACUGAUGAUGUGGCUAAUGCUGUGCUAUUCUUAGCAAGCGAUGAAGCAAGGUAUGUAAGCGGAGCUAAUCUCAUGGUUGAUGGGGGUUUCACAUGCUCAAAUCACUCACUUCGGGUGUUUAGAUGAAAUGACAAUCAAGAGGCUCAUGCCUUGCUUUGGUGUUAGUUGGAGUCGUGUUAACUAUGGUCUUUUUGGUGGGCAGAGGGCUGUAGAGUAGAAUGGGUUGAGUUGGGUAAGUUCAUGAUAGAAUGUAGCUUUUUGUUUUAUCAUGUUUAUAAGUUGCACCUGGAUCAAAUGAUCUUCACUGAUUAAGCAAGUCUUAUGAAUUCUGAAAGAGACAAGAUUGUUCUUUCCGAAUUUGCUGUUAACAACAGGUAUGUACAAAGAGGUGAUGCAAAGCAAUUUUUGUUUUUUUA